AUGGAAAAGCCCUCACGACCGGAUUUGAUCUCCCUAAAUGGCGGAACACACACUAACGGAAGACCAAAGCAUCUUUGGCUAAACGGAAAAUUCUGUACUGAUUCUCACCCUCCCCGGCCAAACUGCGCCAUUGGUAUUGGUAUUGGUAUUGGAAUCGUCCAGAUCAAGGCCCUUCUCGCGACACUUACACUGCUCCCACCGGCCAACACAGAGCUGCAAAGGCAGCUCGCAUUCACGACGUCUUCCACAAAGAAAAGAAAGCUCUCCCCGCAGCAUAUACAAGGCCAAAAUCCGGACUCUGAUAGGGUUGGCGACCCAGACAUUCCGCUGAAGUCGGUUGAAGAUUGCCAGGCUCUGCCACUCGCCCAUCCACGAUUCGACGUACCCGACUCCGAAGCAACCCUUCCUCCGCCCAUCCCCUCGUAUCUCCAGAGCUCGUCGUCUCUCUCGGGCUUCGAUUAUAUCUCUUCCGCGGCGAGCUCGCCCAGCGCAGCGUACGCCGGUCUCUCCAUCGAAGGCGAUCGCAGUGCUGAUACAUCAGCUUCACAACCCCGAGCAGCCUCACUUGCCCCUAACGACCACGAUAUAAAUCGGAGCCAGUCACCUAUCGGCAGUUUUGCGCGUAAAGCUAUCAUGGGAGGGGCAUCGAAUCUUUCGCAGAGGUCAUCGUCACCGCUAAAGAGGCGGGCUUCGGAUUUAGAGGAAGCUGAGGUAGCAUCGACCCAGAAGGAUGAUGUGGAAAUGAUCACAGCAGACCAACCUGCGCCAUUAGAGGCUGUCGAAGACUCCACCAAUGCAAGUCAGGCACCAUCGGUGGAUAUGCUGAGGAACGAGCACGAGGCAGAUUCAGCUAGCUGUUCGACGGAACAAGGACGAAGCACUGCUGCCACAACCCAAUCAGAUACUGAAAUACCCCCCAUCGACGUUCAGAUCAAGACCGUGACGACAAUAUGUGAGGCGGCUACACAAGACCCGCCCAACGAAGGAGAUAAGGUGUACUUGGUAUCCAGGCGAUGGCUCCAACGUGUCACCGAUAGAGGCUCGGAGGCACUUCAAAACAGCAAAGUGGAGCCAGAAGGAGAAAUUGGGCCCGUGGACAACUCCGACAUCAUCCAGCAAGUCAUAAAGGACGCUGACGGUGUUGAAUUUGCACAGCUAAAGCACGGCUAUGGUUUCGCCGAAUUUAUAUUGUGCCCUCAAGACGCCUGGGACCUUAUCGUGUUGUGGUACGGCCUCAUGCCUGGGUCUAUCCCAAUUGUGCGGUAUGCACACAACACGAACCCGGACAAAACCGGCAUUCCAAAUAUAAGCUACGAGUAUCAUCUGGCCAUCUUCACUGUGCAUAGGUUGUACGCGCAGGGCAACCCGAUCCCUAUUCCACAAAUGCUCAAGGCUACCAAUCCUCCGGCUCCGGUGUUCGUCUUUAGUAGGUCGGCCAGGUACUACGAUUUCCUAAAGAAGAUCAAGGAAAAAUCUGGGAUAGAUCCUUCAAAAAAGGUUCGGGUCUGGCGGGUUCCCAGAUUAUUACCUGCAGCCGAUCCCGUCGCACCUAUUUCCAAUGCUGUCACGCCGCCAUCGUCCCGACCUGGCUCCUCUGGGCCAGACAGCGUGGCUCGCCCGCGAGAACCGCAGGACUCUUGGACACAUCUCUUACUCGACGUGACCACAUUCCUCCAACUCGAGAAAGACAAUGGUAGGGAAUUACUCACUCAGCGUGAUGUUACUACGGAUUCCAAUUACAAUGGCAAUAUGGACCUCGCGUUUGUGGGGCUAGGUGACGAUCAAACAAUCGUCAUUGACGAGGCGGUCACCAAUGACACCUACGUGUCUAUCUAUGUUUCCCCGAGGGGCCCCAAGACCACUUCUACAACCCUCACUCGUACCGCCAUCUCGCAAAGUGCACCGAAUAGCGGUAGAAACAGUCCCGCCCCGUCUGGUCCAAUGACGCGGGGCCGAACACAAAAAACUGGCCGAACUCUUGGGACCGUUGGGUUGAGCAACCUCGGAAAUACUUGCUACAUGAAUUCCGCUCUUCAAUGUGUUCGGAGUGUCGAGGAGCUGACUAAAUAUUUCCUAACUGGUGCAGCCAGGUCUGAGUUGAACGUCGAUAACCCUUUGGGAAAUAACGGGCAAGUUGCUGUAGCAUACGAGCGCCUCUUGCAAGAAAUCUAUAAAGAACCAGUGCCGACGUCAAUUGCCCCCCGGAAUUUUAAGACUACCAUUGGUAAAUAUGCGCCGUCAUUCUCAGGUUACGGCCAGCAAGAUUCUCAAGAGUUCCUGGGAUUCCUACUCGACGGACUCCAGGAGGAUUUAAGCCGUAUCAGAAAGAAGCCAUACAUCGAGAAGCCGGAUUCAACGGAUGAGAUGGUGAAUAAUCCUGAGGCUAUCCGAGAAAUGGCUGCGAAGGUGUGGGAUAUUACCAAGCGACGAGACGACUCGGUCAUCGCAGAUCUCUUUACCGGAAUGUACAAAUCAACCCUGGUCUGUCCUGUCUGUUCGAAAAUCAGUAUCACUUUUGAUCCUUUCAACAAUCUGACAUUGCAAUUACCGAUCGAGAGUUCUUGGCAACAUCCCGUGUACUUCUUCCCAUUGAAUGAUCGGCCAGUCCUUAUCAAUGUCGACAUGGACAAACAGGGUACUAUGUUGGCGAUGAAGGAGUUUAUUAGUAAACGAGUUGAUGUUCCAGUCGAGAGGCUGUUCGCUGCAGAGGAGUUCAAGAGCAAGUUUUACAAGCUCUACGAUGAUCUUACCGUGGCGUCCGAAGAAAUUCAAAACAAUGACAUUGUGGCUGUAUAUGAACUGGAAGCCAAACCAACAAACUGGCGCCCCCAGAAGCCAGGUAAAAAGCAUAAAUUUAAGGCCAUUACCACUUUUAACAUGAACGAAUCCGACGAUGAGGACGUCCCGCCUUGGAAUGACCCGCUCGCGGAGAGGCUGCUUGUCCCUGUCUUUCACCGGAGACCCAACCCCGAGCGAACUAACCGGUUCAAGAAGGCUUGGGUACUUGUGGCAGCACCGCAUUUCAUCGUUGUAAAUCCAGAAGAAGCACGGAAUCUUGAGAUAAUCAAGCGAAAGGUCCUAGAGAAAGUCGCAACAUUUACUACGUCACAAGAAUUUAUAGAAGACGAUGAAGCCGAUGCAAGUGCCAGUGAUAGCGUCGAUCCCGACAUUGUUCUUACAACUGGAUCUGAUGCUGAUUCCGCUGGUGGGAGUAAGGUUGUGGCAACCUCUGUCGACGGGGAACCCGAGCUCGUGGAUGUAGCAAUGAAAGAAUGCAGCGGAGCAGAUAUCGAGGCGGAGAAUAGCGCUGGAGAACCUAAACCUCCAGGUCCUGAGAAGACAUUGUACUGCAUGCUCUUUAUCCCAAAUCGUGUGCCAUUAUUAACCAAUUAUUUUAGUACCCCUCUGAAGGAUUUCAAUAAACGUCGACCCAAAUUCCUAGACCCGAAGUCACAUCUCAAUCCUUCGAUUCAAAACAUGUUUACUCUCGGCUAUUUCUCUGGGGCAAAAGAAUUAAUCCCCUCGGGCUGGAAUGUCGUUGAUGAGGACAAAACCUACCCAUCCCUCGCAUCGAGGGCUCCCCAGACCCAACAAUCGCGUGACGACUCGCUGGACGAAUUUGAGGUAUCAAAUGGUGGAGCUGGAUCGGACAGCAGUACUGAAGAUGAUCAAUCCUGCAACGAUGAUUUCUCGGGUCAGACUCGAAUGAACGAGGAGUCGAGUGAAGAGGACGAACUCUCUGCUCCCUCAGUGCCUAAAGCUCUUCCUGUCCGACCAAGAGCUGGGGUUAGAGUAGGUUUCAACAGACGUCGCAAUCGUGGUAUCAAAACUUACUCAAAGAAGGGCAAUCAACGAACACGCAAACUCAGCGGCUCUAGCGACGAACUGGACCAUGAACCUGCCGAUGAGAGACCACUCAUAUGUCUAGGGGAAGGCAUUGUCGUUGAUUGGAAUCCAGAGGCCUUUAAUGCCAUGUACGAGGCCGAUGGUCCGGAGGACACAAUGCGAGGCCGUGACACUAUCAGUGCCAUACCAACACUACCAGACCCGCAACUCGAAGCCAGACGGAGGGCACGUGCACAACGACGGAAAAAUGGCAUCACCUUGGACGACUGCCUGAAUGAAUUCGGCAAGGAAGAGAUCUUGUCGGAGAUGGACACUUGGUACUGCCCUCGGUGCAAAGAGCACCGGAGAGCAAGCAAGAAAUUCGAACUCUGGAAAACACCUGAUAUUCUUGUUAUGCACUUGAAACGAUUUAGCUCCAGUGCACUGCGUCGGGAUAAACUCGAUGUCAUGGUAGACUUUCCAAUCGAAGGCCUUGAUCUCACCUCACGCGUUGUCGAAACGCAGGAAGGCAAGCAAGAAAUUUACGAUCUGAUUGCCGUCGAUGAUCAUUGGGGCGGGCUUGGUGGCGGACAUUACACUGCAUUCGCCAAGAACUUCUUCGAUGGCGAGUGGUACGAGUACAACGAUUCUUCAGUCUCGAGGACAAAAGAUCCUAGACACGUUGUGACACAAAGUGCAUAUCUAUUGUUCUAUAGGCGCCGAGCGGAUGGCCCACUUGGUGGAGAGAGAUUUAAGCAGAUCCUCGAAGACUAUGAUAACCCUCCCGAUUCUCAAGAAGAUGAUGCAGCUGAGUCGGGGGAAGAGCAGGGCCUCGUCGGAAAUACCUUUCGUGGGUCGUCGAGCGCCUUGACAGGAGUAGGAGCAGCUCCCCGUCGACCAAAUCUUGGUUCGGCUAGUGCGGACGUGAUGACUAUACAUCCCGCGGCCGUCGAGAGCCUCCCUGCCUACCAAGCCCACGAAGCAAGUGACGAGGAUGCAGCUCCGCUCAUCGCUAGUGACGCUGUGAUGAACGAUGGCUUGCAAUUACAAGACAGCAUCGAGGACGAAGGUAUCGAUGUGGGAACUGAUGAUGGUAUGAAUUAUAGCAAUGUCGGUUAUGGCAAUCUAAAUUCUCAGGGCGCCGCCAGUUUUCUCGGGACCGCCUGGAACUUCGACCACCUACCUAAUUCACGGGGUCAGGUUUCCGGCACCGGUUCGGAUAUAGACGACGGCGCGAGCGACCGUGUCCAGCAUAAUUCUUCAGCAAGCGAAGGUUCGAUACGUGAACGUCUCGAGGAUUUCAGAAAUGCUGUUGCUGAGGAUGAUGGCAUAUUCAUAGAUCAAAGCCCAGUUCCGGACUUUGACGAAGAUGCCCAAAUGAGUGCCAUCGAACUACAUGCAGAUUUAAUGGAGCGUCAACUAAGACCGGCGUUCAGAGUAACACCCGGUGCUGGAGACGAAGACGCUGAAGAAACAGCGACUGAGAUUCAUGUCGAGGAAGGGGAGGGAUUGAAUAAAUGA